UGUUGAGGAUAUACUUUUGAAUUAGGCAGCCAAAUUUCUUGAAUUGUUCAGCAAGUUCGGCUGAAAAGAACAGACCAGUUGUUCAAUACGGGAACGUAUUGCGUCAUAAGCUACUGGCGUUGGAGACGAGUCUUUGGCCUGUUCGCAGUCAUAACUGAGAAAUAUCGCGUCGUGUUUGUGCAGAUUAUCUUGCAAAAAAUUAGUAAACUAAAUAUUAAAUUAUAUAUUAUUAUAGUAAAUAGUAAAUUUUUAUCGGUAUUAAAAAAUGGAAUCUAGUAAAUCUGAAUCUACACCGAAGGCCAUGGUAUAUAUCUGUGGAGAAUGCCAUAAUGACAAUGAAAUUCGUCAAAAGGAUCCAAUUCGGUGCAGGGAAUGUGGAUAUAGGAUCAUGUAUAAAAAGCGCACCAAGAGACUUGUUGUGUUUGAUGCACGAUAAAUAUACAGGUGAUUGAAUGAGGAGACCGUGAUAUAGCACUAAGUUACGAAUUAUUAAAAUACUUAUUAACUUGUAAUAUAGGGGCAAUUUUAUCCAUAAUAAUAUAAUACACAGUGUUAUUGGAAA